GGGUUUCUUACUUCAGGUGCCUGUGAUGUGUCAGGGAGGGGCUGGAGGAAGUUGACUAACUUCAGUGGUGGAACCAGUCCAUCUCCUUCAGCCUAGGAAGGCAGACAGUCUGGGACCAGUAUAAAGGGUGCCCUGGCCCCUACUCAGCUCAGCAUUCCCGUAGAAGCCCAUUCAGCCAUCCUUCCUGCGGGCCUGGUUGACUUGAAGCAGCUUCCAAGAUGUCCCAGCAGCAACACACUCUGCCAGUGACCCUGCCCCCGGUCCUCAGCCAGGAGCUUCUGGAACCUGUUCCUCCUCCCGCUGAUACCCAGCAGGAGCAGGUGAAGCAGCCAACUCCACUGCCUGUCCUAUGCCAGGAGGUGCCCUCUGAGCUCCCAAGGGAGGUCCCCUUGGAGCAAGGAGAGAAACACACAACUCCUGUGAAGGGGGUGCCGGAACAAGACUGUGAGCCCCAGCCCCAGAAGCUACAGGAGCAGGAACAACAUCUGGAACAGCAGCAACAGCUGCAAGAGACCCAGGAGCAGGAGCUGCACCUGGAAGAGCAUCUGGAGCAGCAGCAGCAGGAAGAGCCACAGGAGCAGAAAGGGCAGCAGCAGCAAGAGGACCAGGAAGCAGAAAACUUGGAGCAACAGCUAAAGGAGCAGCUGGGACAGGAGAAGCUCUCAGACCAGCAACUGGAGGGAGAGCUAGCAAAGAGAGAUGAGCAACUGGAAAAGAAAGGAGAGCCACUGCCAGAGCAGGAGGAGCAGCCAGAGCCAGCAGAGCAGCAGGACGGGCAGCUCAAGCAACCUGCAUGUGUCCCAGCUCCUGGCCAGACCCAAGAGACCCACCAAGUCCAGCCACUGAAGGGAGAAGUCUUGCCCCCUGCAGAGGAGCAGCAGCAGAAGGAAGAGGUGCAGUGCCCUGUCAAGCAUAAGUAACCACCCCCAGAUCCCAGACGCCCUUAGGCCACCACACAUAAAGUGAAGAGAGAGCUGAACCAGUGGCCUCACUUACCUCAGGUCCCUCAGUCUGGAUGGACCACCUCAUCUGUGAACCUGCCUGACCCUGUCCCUCUGCUUGUCUCUGUGAUAGAAUGGAAUGAGGGAGGGGGAAGCUAUUGCCCAGCACCUACUCCUGAUGACUCCAGUCCCACCCCGUCCCGACCUCAAGUGGCCAGAGCCUCUACCUGAGAAUAGUUACUGCAGUUGUCGCUCUGACGCCAUCCCCAGUAUUAUUGCAGAAUCUGUGAGUGUGUACAACGAUACACAAUAAAUCCUGGAAGUCU